AUGGCUAACUCAAGCACCCAUCCCGAGUUCUACGGGAUUGUGGACAUGGGAAGCAAUGGAAUCCGAUUCUCCAUUACCGAUCUAUCACCCGAGACCGCUCGGGUCAUGCCGACGGUUUUCCAGGACCGCGCAGCCAUCUCGCUGUAUGAUGCGCAAUUCUCCGGCUCAGACGAGCGGGGUCCCAUUCCUCAGGACACGAUGAAUCAAGUCGCAGAUCGACUGGUCCAGUUCCAGACCACCUGUGAAGAUUUCGGCGUUCCGACAGAGAACAUCCAUGUCCUGGCGACAGAAGCAACUCGCACGGCACCGAACUCGAAGGAGUUUAUUGCCUUAAUCAAGAAACGCACGGGGUGGGAGGUCCGCCUGCUGUUGAAAGAGGACGAAGGCAGGAUCGGCGCCAUGGGAAUUGCAAGCAGUUUGAACUCUGUUGCAGGACUGGCCAUGGAUCUAGGAGGCGGCAGCACGCAGAUUACGUGGGUGGUUGAGAAGGACGGAGUGGUCUCGACUAGUCCCAAGGGUUCCUUUAGCUUUCCUUACGGUGCGGCAGCGUUGACGAAGCGCCUGGAACAGGCCCAGAAAGAGGGCAAGAAGGCAGAAAAGGCGCUGAAGAAAGAAAUGGUCGAGAAUUUCCAGAAUGCCUACGAGAGCCUGGAAGUGCCCCCAUUCACAGAUGAUCCAGAUGGACCAACUGAUCUUUACCUUUGCGGCGGAGGGUUUCGAGGCUGGGGCUACGUUCUCAUGGCCCAGUCCGAAGUCGACCCGUAUCCACUGCCCAUCAUCAAUGGUUUCAGGGCCAGCAGGGAUGACUUCCAUGAUACGGCCUCCGUUCUAGAGGAGGUAUCUGAAGAUGACGAUAUCUUCGGCGUGUCCAAGCGCCGAGCGUCGCAGAUCCCAGCAGUGGCUUUCCUGGUCAACGUGAUUAUGGAUGCCUUGCCGCAGAUCACACACAUCCAGUUCUGCCAGGGAGGUGUGCGCGAGGGAUUCCUGUUCGACACACUGCCGAAAGAAGUUCGCGCACAGGACCCCCUGGUGGUUGCAACUAAGCCGUAUGCGCCUCCCUCCGCAGAGGCGAUCAAGCAUCUCCUUUCGUCAGCACUACCAACUUCGGCAUCCUCUGUGGACUCUCUACACCUCCCUGCUGCUUUCUCCAGCAGUGUUCUAACAGCUCUCGCGAAUCUUCUCUUUUUUCAUUCCCGAGUCCCACGGGAAUCGCGCGCGGCCGCUGCACUGCACAGUACGUCCACGGGCCUCCUGGCCUCGGUGAAUACUGUUGCUCACGUUCAACGAGCACUGGUUGCGCUGGUUCUCUGCGAACGCUGGGGAGGAGACAUAGCGCCCAUUGAUGAAAUCUAUCAAAACCAGUUGCUGGAUUAUGUUUCGAAGAAAGAGGCAUGGUGGUGUCGGUAUUUAGGGCGAGUAGCCACCCUGAUCGGAGACGUCUACCCUGCGGGUCGUGUACCAACAACCAAGGGUAGAAUUCAAUUGGAAACAGAAUGGGGCACCACUGUGAAGAAGAAAGAGGAACGGGACCUGCUGCAUCUGCGAGUGAAAUGCGACGUCGACGGUCCUUUGAGGGAUGAAAUUCUUCCCGAACGAGCGGAAAAGAUUGAAAAGCUAGGGAAAAAGAAGCACUGGAUCAAGGGAUACGGCGUGAAGCUGGAUGUUGAUGUGAUUUAG